CUGGAAGAAAGCUGAACAUUAGGGAUAAGUUAGGGGGGAAAGAGCAUAGCAGGAUUCAUUAAGGUUGAGCUCGUUGUAUCCAAUGCAAGAUGCCGCAGUGUCGACUGGCGGUGGCGGCGCCCUUCGUCCUGGCGGUGACCCUGCUGCAGUGGCACGCCGGCGCGGCGCUCCUUGCUGAAGCUGCUCCAGAGCCCAUUGACCCCUCACGUCCCAUAUCCAGUGAGGACAAGUCAGCCACUGACCUGGCCGCUAAGCUGCUGCUUCUGGACGAGCUCGUCUCCCUGGAGAAUGACGUGAUUGAGACCAAGAAGAAAAGGAGCUUCCCAGGGUUUGGGUCUCCCCUGGACAGGAUCUCUGCUACCUCCCUCGAUGUGAAAGGCAAGCAGAAGAAAGUGGUGGAGCUGCCCAAGAGGCGAUUCAUCCCCGUAGACCGGAUCGGCAUGAACCGCCUGGCCAACACCAAGGGUUAGCAGACCGGCAAAGGCAUCUGAAAGAUGGAUGCGACGUUGGGAACGUCGCAGAAACACGGAGGAUGCUUCCGACCGCAUCUUGUCAUUGAUUAACGGUUCGACAUUUAAGGAAUUGACUUCAUGCAAAAUCUGUUUCACAUUGCCUUUUCCAAGCGGUAACAGAUCCAAUCCAUCAGAUCAGAACUUCCUCGCAGCUGCUUUCUGUUCCACUGGUAAAAGGCAACAGAAAAUCUGUGUAUAUAAUUUCAUUGCAUGGCAAUUUUUUUUUUUUUUUUAAUUUGCACGAGUUCAUUAUCCCUGCAAGGACUAUUAGAAGUUUUGGAGAAAAAUAAAACUUUUAGAGACACCGAGA